CGCAGGGCCUGCUGGGAAAAUGUUGCCCAAAGCCGGUCGCCAGCGACGCGGUGAGCCAGACGGGAAGGACCGAGUGGCGAAGCUGGAGCGAUGUUGCUCUUCUGCCCCGGCUGCGGGAACGGGCUGAUUGUGGAGGAGGGGCAGCGCUGCCAUCGCUUCGCCUGCAACACCUGCCCGUACGUCCAUAACAUCACUCGCAAGGUAACGAACCGAAAGUAUCCAAAGCUAAAAGAAGUGGAUGAUGUACUGGGUGGAGCAGCUGCCUGGGAGAAUGUGGAUUCUACUGCAGAGCCAUGUCCAAAAUGUGAACACCCUCGUGCCUACUUCAUGCAGCUUCAGACCCGUUCUGCAGACGAGCCAAUGACUACCUUCUAUAAGUGCUGCAAUGCUCAGUGUGGACAUCGAUGGAGGGACUGAGGGGAGGACUUGCCCAGCUGCAAGCAUGAAUUUGGUGUGCGGAAGGUCUCUGCUAUAUGAUAGGAAGGUGGAGAACCAGGGUGAAGCAUAGCACACCUGCAAGUCAGCAGAUGAAGUCCUCAAUGUGCAGGGUCCCUUGGGGACUUAGGAGAUACACAGAAGAUGCUCACUUGAAUUCAAGUCCUGUUUGUUACUUUUUUUUUUCCCCUCAAGAAACGGUUUUUCUGUGUGGCCCUGGUUGUCCUGGAACUCACAGUAUAGACCAGGCUGGUCUUGAACUAAGACCUGCUUCUGCUUCUGGAUUGCUGGAAUUAAAGAUGUGUGUUGCCACCGUCAAGGAUAGACUUGAACCUUCCAGUCUUCCUGCCUCCAUCUCAAAACUAGGAUUAUAGGAAUGUGAACCACGUUCAUUUUAUGUAGUGCUGAGGACUGAGCCCUGAGCCUCAUGCAUGCUGGAUAAGUAUUCUAUCAACUGAGCUGUAUCUUCAGCCCUUAUUUUUAUUUGUUCUCUCUAGAGAAUUUUUUUUUCUGAGAAUUGUUUAAAAUAUUUAUAAAAACGCUGAAAAAAAUCACUUGAUGACAUGAUUCAUCUUGUAUUAUUAAUAAUUAAACUGUUCUGUGAGUUGGA